CAACUCCAUCUAAACAAAAGGAAAAGGGAAGAAAAAGUCAUCGAAUUAUGGGGCAGUGAUGCCGUCACGAUCGGGUACAGCUACAGAUCUCCCAAAACGGCGUCGUCUGUGGAGGAGUAUCACUGAGUUUACUUGAUUCAUUAGAUAUUGUGUAUAUAUAUUAUUAAAAACCCCAGAGAAAAAAGGCUACAAGCACUUGAAAUUUUGAAUCGGUGGUUGCAACAGAUCUACACCAUUUUGAGCGAUUCAUUCAAGGGGAGUUGCGGAUUUAAUUAUUGUUAAUUGAUGAGUUCGGAUUUGGUUGAUAUAAAGUUUAGGCUGUACGAUGGAUCUGAUGUUGGACCCUUUCGGUACUCAUCCACCUCCACGGUCGAUAUGCUCAAGGAGAGAGUUGUCUCGGAUUGGCCGAAAGGUAAAACCAUUAUACCGAAGGCUGCAAAUGAAGUUAAACUGAUUAGUUCUGGUAAAAUUUUGGAAAAUGACAAGACUGUUGGUCAGUGUAGAAUACCCUUUGGUGAACUUGCAGGAGGGGUUCUUGUAAUGCACGUUGUUGUACAACCAUCUCUAGCAAAAACAAAGACAGAAAAGAAGAUUGAUAAGUCACCCAAGAAAGUUGUCUGCUCAUGUUCCAUAUUAUGAAAGCUAACAUGCAGGAACCCAGAAGUUGAUCACCCUGGUUUCAACAUUUUUAGCUGCGGAAACUUCCAUCCACCAUUAUUUGGUGUUAGUCACUGCAGCAUUCAUGUGUACAAGUGCAGUGUGGAUGAUGUGUUUAUAUAAUAUCAGUGUUGUUCAUGGAAUCUAGUGGCGCAUUGGUUUUUCUAUCAAUAGAGUCUCAAUUUCGUUCUUUUUUUCUUGUUUCCUAAAUAGCAUGAAAAAUGUGUAGCAGCAAUCUGAAGCUGUAUAGACCCUUUAAUGUAAAGACAAAAACAACAAUCAGAUUUCAAUGAGAAAGAACAUCUGUGUUCAUGAUGA